UGCGCAUUAAUUGAAACUGACCAGUGGGCACUAAUUAGAGAAACCAGCAAGGAGAUGAGCUCUCCCACGGGAAACAAGUACACUGUGCUUCUACCUACGUACCAAGAGCGAGACAACCUCCCCCUCAUCGUGUGGCUGUUGGUCAAGCACCUCGGCGGAUGUGGCUACAACUAUGAGAUCAUCGUCAUUGACGACAACAGUCCCGACGGGACUCUGGAGGUGGCCAAGCAGCUGCAGGAGAUAUACGGAGAGGACAAGAUAGUGCUGCGUCCGCGGAAAGCUAAACUUGGCCUCGGCACGGCUUAUGUUCACGGGGUAAAGCAUGCUACUGGGAACUUCAUCAUUCUAAUGGACGCCGACCUUUCCCAUCACCCUAAGUUCAUCCCGGAGUUUAUCAAGAAGCAGAGUGAAGGUAACUAUGACAUCAUAUCUGGGACGAGGUAUGCUCUGGGGGGCGGAGUUUACGGGUGGGACCUCAUGAGGAAACUGAUCAGUCGAGGAGCAAAUUUUCUGGCCCAGACUUUGCUGAGACCAGGGGCUUCUGAUCUCACUGGCAGUUUUAGAAUGUAUCGUAAGGACGUGUUGGAGGAACUCGUGUCACGAUGCAUAUCUAAAGGAUACGUCUUCCAGAUGGAGAUGAUUGUCAGAGCUAGAGAGUGUGGCUAUACUCUUGGAGAAGUCCCAAUAUCGUUUGUGGAUCGGCUGUAUGGAGAAUCAAAACUCGGGGGAAUGGAAAUAGUCUCAUACGCCAAAGGUCUUCUCUACCUCUUUGCAACUACAUGACUGAUUUUGGCUGUCAUUGAAAAAAAAUUCUCCCAUCAUUUUUUUUACAUCCAUCACCUCUUGAAUCAAUGUUUUAGGAUAAAUUAUUUGGUGAAAAUGAAUAGUUUUACAGGGGUAGAGGUGACAUACAAAACAAUCCAGUGCAUGAAUGUUUACAACUGCACGUGUGUGAAAAUAUGGGAUGAGACAUGUAAAAAGUCGCUACAUUGUACAACAACUGCCACACCAAAACCGAAACCAGUCUAAACGAGAGGGGCACGUGUAGCAUGGGGAUGAAGCUAAUUUUUUUCAGAAAAAAACUUGAAGUGGUCGAUAUUACUAUAUAUGCGUACUGGUGAGUGGAGCGUUACAUACAGUAGCUGUGCCGUAUGCAUGGUGUGUAUUACACAACAGUGAACACUAUCUUCCUAUACCGUUACUGUGAUUUCUAGCUCUCGUGUGCUCUCUAUCGGCUCAGUCAGUUAAUCCGACUCUUCGAUCGCUGACUUUCUGGUUGGGCUGUCUCUUUCUCAGGCUUCUGUUCAAAGGGUUGAAAAUACGUCAGCAAACGUAAAGGUGUACUCUACAAUACCAUGAAAUUAUAGUUCAUAGCAUACCAGCCAUAGGUAGAUUCCCCACGAAAUUUUGAAAGUGGGAGUAACUAUACUGUAAGACAAGCUAC